UUGGUCAACGGUCGCAUAGGCCCGUGAAUUUUAGCGGGUUUUUGCAGUUGAAGCGUGAGUGAAAUAAUGAAGUGUUUUUGGUUGCUCAGUUGUUGUAUAGUGCUCGGUUAUGGGGCGAGUGAGAAACAGAAGAAACCGCAUAUAAUUGUGAUUGUUGCAGAUGAUAUGGGUUUUAAUGAUGUCAGUUUUCACGGUAGCAAUGAAAUUCCCACGCCAAACAUCGAUGCACUUGCUUACAACGGAGUUAUCCUGAAUAGUCAUUAUACUCAGGCCUUGUGUACUCCUUCCAGGGCUUCGUUUUUGACUGGAAAAUAUCCUAUACAUUUGGGAAUGCAACAUUUGGUCAUUUUGGAACCUGAACCAUGGGGAUUGCCCUUAAAUGAAACCUUAUUGCCUGAGCAUCUGAAAAGAAACGGCUACGUAACAAGGGCAAUAGGAAAAUGGCAUUUGGGCUUUUUCAAAAAAGAAUACACGCCAACAUUUAGAGGUUUUGACAGUCAUUACGGAUAUUGGCAAGGGUUUCACGAUUAUUACGACCACACUGUUCACUCUACUUAUUCUGACGAAAUGGGCUACGAUUUCCGACGUAACAUGACAGUAGAUUGGGAUGCUAAAGGCAAAUACACAACGACCCUGUUAACAGAAGAGGCAGUCAAAGAAAUUCAGGAACACAACACUGACAAUCCAAUGUUUAUGUAUUUGGCCCAUUUGGCGCCACAUGCUGGCAAUGAUUGGGAUCCACUGCAAGCUCCUGACGAGGAAAUUGCUAAAAUGGCUCACAUUCAGGAUCCUGAAAGGAGAGUAUAUGCAGCUAUGGUAUCUAUGCUGGAUAAAAGUGUAGGAUCAGUCAUACAAGCCUUAAGAGAAAAACACAUGCUGGAAAAUUCCAUUAUUAUUUUUAUGUCUGAUAAUGGGGCUGCUCCAGAAGGAGUGCACGCUAAUCAUGGUUCAAAUUAUCCAUUGAGAGGGAUUAAAAGUUCAGCAUGGGAAGGCGCCAACAGAAACAUCGCAGCAAUUUGGAGCCCCCUCAUCAAAAAACCCAAAAGAGUCUCAAACCAUCUGAUGCACAUCUCAGAUUGGCUACCAACCCUAUUUACUGCUGCAGGCUUAGACCACAAUCAACUACCAUCAGCAAUGGACGGCAAAGACCAAUGGAAAUCAAUCUCAGAAAACCAACCAUCUCCAAGAUCAGAAAUUUUAUACAACAUCGACGAUGUAUGGAACUUUGGCGGUAUAAGACAAGGCGACUGGAAAUAUGUUUAUGGUAGCAUCACUAAAGGGCUAAAGGAUGCUUGGUAUGGUAGCACUGGUAGCGACCCUUUGUACCAUUACGACCUAAAAGCAGUACUUGAAAGCCCUACUGCAACUACCCUUAGCGGCCUAAUAACUUACCAGCAAAUAAAAGAAAAAAACCAACAUUUAAGCAACUUUUCCAUACAUUUACUAGAUGCAACUAACAUUAAACAACUCAGACAAGAGGCUACAAUUAUUUGUAAAAAAUUAAACCCAGAAGAUCAAUUGGAUAUCAACCAGUGCCAUCCAAUGAUAUCGCCUUGCCUGUUCAACAUCAAACAAGACCCAUGCGAAAUGGUUAAUUUAGCCUCACAACGUCCUUUAGUAAUGAUAAUGUUAGAACAAGAAUUAAUCAAAUACAGAAAAACUGCCUUAAAACCUAUUAAUAUACCCAGAGACCCUAAUGCAAAUCCUACCAAAUACAACGGCACUUGGACUAACUGGAAAGACAUUGAUGUUACUACAGAAAAAAUCCAAUUCAACUCAUUAUCGCAAUUAACUGUAGGAUUAAUAACAGGCGCUUGUGUGGCUGUGAUUGUAAUAAUUUUAAUUUUGUUAACAAUAACUUGUAAAGGGGGCCCUAAAAGAAGUACCUUGGAGCUUUGCCAAGACAAAUCUGAGGAGUUUGAUGUGAAAUUGGACAGUCAUCAGUUUGAGGAUAGAGAAAAGCAAUUGAGGACCAGUUUGAGGGAUGAUUUUAGAGAAGUUUGAGAGAGGCAUUAGGGAUGUUUGUUUCUAUAAACAUCCUUUUAGUGCUUUAUUUGAUUCCUAAUUGAUGUUCGGGCUUUUUCUUGAGAAAGAGUUUCCGAGCGGAUUUUUGUAGGUUUUUAGUUUAUUUAUUGUGUAUAGUUUUAGUUUGAAUAAAUAAAGUUUUUUUUUAUUA